CGCGCUUGUUGAGGGCCAGCGGCCCGAGGGCCCCAUCUUUCCUCCUCCUCCUUGUCCCGGCUGCCUCGUGGUGCCGCUGGUUCCUGCCUGCCUGGCAAGUCAGAGCAUGUCCAGACCCCAUGGAGGAGAUGCAGAAGAUGGCAGAGCAGCUGAGCCUCUGGGGCAAGUGCGGGGAGGGGACUUCGGGGGCUCCUGCGCUUGCUGGCCCCUGCCUUGCAGGCAACAGACUGAACCUGGAUGUUUAUCCUGAUGGCUGCUGCCAUUUCCUCCGGCUGUUGAAGCAGCAACGGGAAGAGGUGGUCCAGGUGGAGUUCCUUCGUCUCAGCAGCAAUGAUUGCCUCAUUGACACCACGCUGGACAGCCUUCCUCAUCUGGAGCACCUGAAAUCCCUGGUGCUGAAAGGAGGUCAUGUUAGAGAUAAGUUUGGUUCCUGCCAGCGUGGCUCCCUGACAAGCUUGCCACAAGACUUCGGGAACCUGAAGUGUCUCACCCACCUGGAUCUCAGCUUCAACAGACUCUCCACCUUGCCGAGCUGCAUUCUCCACCUCCCCAGCCUCCGUGUGCUCCUGGUGAGCCACAACAGCCUGGUGGCACUUCCUGAGGACUUUGGCUGUCUUAGCAAGUUGACUUUCUUCUCUGCUAUGAAAAAUCAGCUGACGGACUUACCUCAGAGCAUUGGGGAGCUGUCAAUGCUGCAUACCCUGGAUCUUUCAGAAAAUGUUUUGCAAUUGCUUCCUGAAGAAAUUGGGAAUCUGCACAACUGCAAAGAGCUGAUUCUCUCUGGAAAUUGCCUAUCGAGCAUCCCAGACUCCUUAGCCAAUUUGAAGUCUCUGCGUGAGCUGCAUCUCCACAGCAAUUUCCUGGUGACGGUCCCUGCCUCUCUUGCCAGCCUGCCCAACUUGUCCAGACUUGAUCUGCAGAACAACUGCCUCCGUGUUGUCCCCUCUGAGAUCCAGGCUUUGCCAUUUGUGGACCUCCAUGGCAAUCCCUUAGGAGAAACUGAACCAUCUCUGCAGGCUGGUGAAUCCAGUGCCAGAGGGCUAAGAAGACUCUCCUAUAGAUUGAGAAAGAACAGAAGCUUUCCUGUCACCUCUGAAGGCUGCGAAGUGGUCCUGCCCUAUGGCAUCCAUUUGUGCUUUCCACCGGGGGCUGCCUCUGAUCCUCUGCGGAUCAGCUUCCGACUCCUUGAACCGGACCCUCAGUGGGUAAAGCUUAGACACCACGAUGUCUUGCUGAGUAGGGUCCUGGAGCUGCGGCCUCAUGGGAUCAAAUUCCAGCAGGAGGUGCAGAUAUGGAUGCCAUUUGUCCCACCUCAAAUCCUUCACCAGAAUGAGGUGGUAGUUCGGACCUUCAGUGGGCAGAGCUGGAGUGAUCUGAGAACGAGAGUGGAGCAGAAGAAGGGAUUAAUGAUGACUCACUGUAGUGUCCUUCACUUCUCUUGGUUCCUUGUUGUGUCUCGACUUGUGCAAGAUGAAUGCAAAGUGCCAGCAGAGGGGACAUUGCUCUUUUCCAGUGUGGAUCCAAACAUCAAAGUGAUCUUUCCUCCUGGAGUCACCAAAGAGCCUCGCAGUGUCAAGAUGCAGGUGCUGCAGGUCCCUGCGAAAGAGAUAGACGAAAUCACAGCCAGUGCAGGGUGCAGAGCCAGUCCCCUGCUCUGCCUCUCCCAGGACUCCCUGGUGGAUUUUCUCAAUCCAGUGACAAUUCAGCUGCCCCUUCCGCCCGGAAUCACAGGACUAAAUUUGGAUCAGUUAAGGCUGCGUCUUCUCCAUGGUGACCCAGAGGGCCAAACCUGGCAUGACAUUACCAGUCAGGUGGUGCUGAAACUCACUCAUAUUUAUGUGAUGUUUGAAGUCACUCACUUCUCCUGGUACUGGCUGUGGUACACCACUAAGACCUACAUUGAAGGCAUUGCCAAGAAGGUCUAUGAGCGGCUGCGUCUGUACCAGGUGAACUUCAUUGCGCUGCAGAGGAAGAAGGACCCCGAGCAAGUCCUGCUACAGUGCGUCCCCAAGCACAAGGUUGACCCAGUGCUGAAGAGGCUGCAGAACCGCUAUCAAGGACCUGAGCCAUCCGACAUGGUGGAGAUGUUUGAGGGAGAGCAAUUUUUUGCAGCUUUUGAGCGAGGCAUCAGCAUCGAUAUGGAUCGCCCUGACUGUGUGGACGGCCGUCUGUCGUUUAUUUUUUAUUCCCACUUGAAGAACAUGAAGGAAGUAUAUGUGACCUCCCCUGUGGACAGGAAAGGCCAAGCUGUAAAAGGCCAGGUCUCCUUCUACCGAGGGGCAGUUCCAGAGAACAUCCCUGAAGAUGCCAGCAGGAGGAGGAAAGGAGCAGACUCCCUCUGGCUUGCUACUCUGCCCAUCAAACUACCUCAAUUGAAAGCCCGCUGCAAUGAGAAUCCUGGUCCCCUGUGUGGCUUCUCCUUCCCUCCCUUGAACCUGGGCAAUGCUGAGACUGGCUACUUGACACAGGCAAACCUGCUGAGCAUUGCCAGGCGUGUGGGAUCUGACUGGCAGACCAUUGGCCUCAACCUGGGCUUGACCUACCAGCAGAUUGAGCGCAUAGGACACAAUAACAGAGAUGACCUUGAUAAGCAGAUCUUGGGCAUGCUUUUCUCAUGGGCUCAGCAAAACUCAGAGGAUCCUGACUGUGUGAGCAAGCUGAUUACAGCCAUGAAAGAGAGUGGCCGCCAGGACAUAGCUGAUGAGGUUGAAACCAUCAUUGAUCUGGGACGACAGAAAUACAGCGAGUCCAUCCGCCGCGUGGGCUUGGAGCCGGAGAGCAGCAGGGAGGACUCAGCAAUAGCUACGAUGUAGCACCUAGCAGGAAAAAAUGAGUUUUGCAUGGGGUCCCUCUGCAAACCCAGAGUGGCAGUGUUUCGGGGAUGCUGCCACCUCAACGGUCAGUGUCUUCCUGAGGAGCUGGGCGUUGAUUUACUUGUGAGCAGACUGAUGAGCUCUCUUGGGUCUGUAUUCACACGCCACUUCUGCCAAUCCCAGGAAGUUUCAAGUGCAUUUAUGAGCGUUUUCUCUGCUUUCACUGCUUGACCUUGAGCUUUAGCUUUCAGAAAUGUGGAGAAAUUUAGAGACUAAAGUGUCUGUCAGUUGAGUACUGGCUAGUGUAUAGUAUUUAAUUAAUUAAUAGGAGCCCCUGGUGGUAUAGUGGUUAAGGGUGCGGUGCUGUCACCGCCAAGGCCCGGGUUCGAUUCCCGGUCAGGGACACUCCCCGGGCAGAUGGAGCUCGUUAGCCCUGUAAGGUAAUCCAUCUACGUCCUGAGGACCUCACUGCCACCGUCCAAGCUCGCUUGGCCCCGGCAGAUGAACCUUAGGAUUAAAGGGUGGGCUCAGUUCCGCGCACACUGUGUCUCACCUAAAAAAUCCAAUGCGCAGGCUGGAAGGUGUAAAGACCUUCCCCGGAUCUUCGCCCGUGAAGACUGGCCAUUAUUAUUAUAAUUAAUAGUCACAUUACAUGUAUUUAUUUGUAACUUAUACUUGUAACUGUGUUCUGCUGGAAACACUGGAUGUGAGUAUUUGGGUCCAUUUGUGCUCUGGUGCUUGUUGGGAGAGUGGAGGUGCAGUCAUGAAGGCUGUUAAUGGUGUGUUUUGCUCACAUGAAAAUAUGAAUUGUAUUCUCCAUGAAAAGGUUUCCUGUUCUCUGUCAAAUCUCUUCUAGUUCCCUUAAGUCCAAAACAAAACCUAAGUAUUCUUGUGGAAGAGGGAAAAACCAAUUUGAUAAAAAUUUUUAGGAAAAUUGCCCUCAUUUUUUAGUGUUGCUCCAAAAACUGUUUUGAAACAAAUAGGCUGCUGCCUGCUGCCAGGCUUUUUAGAUGAGACCUACAUGGUGCUGACCUUUGACAAAAUUCCAGUUUCAUUUUACCAAAAAAAGGUAAAAAUCCAUAACCUGUUCUGGGAGACAGUCUAAUUUAAGUGGAAGUAAAAUUUCCCUUGCAGUUUCAAAAGGAUAGUCCUCACAUCCUCCCAGUGAAAUAUGACUGUGUAGUAGUGAAGAUGUGACCCCUCCUGAAGUCUGGUAAAAAGCAUUACUUAAAUUUGCAUUUUAAAGACUGUUCUGACCAGCUUCAAAAUAGGCACUGUUGUGGGAUUGGCAUGAAUUGUGCUGAGCUAACUUCCCAGUUUUUCGGUCUGAGUAUCUUGUAUAAGGCUGGAAGCAUUUACUGCUUUUUAACUGCUCAGUUGUUGACUACUGAGGUGCCCUUCUCUUCCUGUUCCCUGUCUCAUGAUGGCCCUCAGUUGUAAUGACAACCCAGUAAUGACAGUGGAAAAUUUCAUGCAAGCUUUUUGAAAGACGACCGUCAUCUAAGUAAAUUCAACUCUUUCAAGACAGAUUUGAAUUCAGCAUAACUCUCUAAGCAUUACUUAAAGGGCUGUUUGCAGUCUGAAAAAAGAAGUGUGUAUAAAAAUGCCAGGUUGCAACACCCAAAGUCAACCUGCAGUUGCAGGUUGGAGAAAUCCUGGUGUUUUCUUCCCCUUAUGAAGAAUCAUCAGUGGCUUCCCUGAUGCUGUUUCAGACCUGCCAUCAGCACUAUUGAAAGAGGUAUAAAAUCGUUCUGCUUUUUUUUUCCAUUUAAGGCCAUUCUAACAUUUCAGUCCCCAGAGUGCUUAGUGUCCAGUCCAGAGCACUGGACAACGACUUACAGACUUGAGUUUCCACCUUGGGCCUAGGGACUUCCUCAGAUCUGAUUUUUUAGGUGCUGCCCUCAAGUCUUAUUUUGGGUUCACGUCAUCAGUUCUCUUUUGAAUGUACAUUUUCUCUUGUAUUCUGUGUCAUAUGUUCUUGUCUUUAAUUUUGAUGUAUACCAACGAGGUAUUUGUUCUUUCCUCCAGUUUUGGGGAGAUGCAUUUGGGCGUAUUGCUCUGACUGGGAAUAAAAUAAGCACUUAACUGUUCCACAUCACAGACUGCUAAUCCAUAAAUGCCUCAAGGAGUUAGACAGAGACAGGUCCCUUUAAACCUGUUGGCAGAACUUGGUGAACUUGGCUUUGCUGUGCAGAAACGGGAGAAGAGCCCCUGUUUGGAUACUCCCAGCUGCAAAGUGCAGGACAGACUGCAGCUGAGUUAAUGGUAUCCCGGAGCUUGGCUGUGCUGCAGCGGGCUAAGCUGAGAAACACAAUGUUCAGGACAUGAGCUGAGCGUAUGUCUGGGGCUCAGGUGGAGCAGGUCUAGAGAGCAACAAGGCUAGUCUAGAGGGGACAGGGCAGAGGGUGAGCCUGGCCUGUGGCAAAGGUGUAGGAGGCUUUUGUCUAGGCAAACUAGGCCAAGGAUGUCUGCAAGUGUCAUGAGGUAGCAUCCACAGCUACUUUAUGAAGCUAGGCUACAUCAGCCUUCCAUUUGUGAUGGCCAGGCCACAGCUGAGUUAGGCAGUGCUGCAAUAAGGGAUAGGGUAGGAUGGACUCUAUGAAAGGCUCAUCCAGUCAUCAACAGAGCUGCAGCUCUUCCAGGUAACAGACAGAUUGGUGCCAGGAGAGACGGAGGUCUGGUGUUUAGGUUGCGCUUGGUAUGUGCUGCAACCAGGCCAGGCAACAGGAGAUAUCAAACCCUAGACGGUAUCGUCAGUAGAAUGGCUCUUCAGGAUUUGAAAAGCUGAUAACUUAAGGAAAGUUAAGGAACUACCCCAGACACUACUAUCUCCAGUCUUUCAUUGCCGAAUGGCGGCCGCUGGGCCAGGCCACCUUGCUGGCAUCUGGUUUUCUCCUUGAAGUGACACCAAGCGCCCAGCCCAGGAUCUGGAGGUGCUGGCAGGAAAUCAGAGCAAUUGCCCAACUGCUCUUUCCUUUAGCUGACCUGGAAGCAAAUAUUUGAGCUGGAUGAGAAUCAAUGGGAAGCGUGUUAUUUUGAGGUGUGUUAUCUUUGUCAGUAAUCUCUUUGAGGCACAGUAACUCCUUCAAGCCUGUAGCUGCUGUGGCCAGGAAAUGCUGAUAACAUUUGCAAUAGAUGGUUGAAGCAGCAAAAAAACCCUCAAAACUAACCUGGCAUUUAUCUUUUAAAUCAAAAGAUGGUGUUCCUUUCUGGCUUUUAUGAAUUCAUCACACACUGGAGUAGUCUUUUGUAAGUCAGCUUUUCCUGGUGCCUAUUAUGCGCCUUACAGUGUCCUACAAAUGAUCUGGUAGAUUUUAUGGUUUUUACUGGGCAUGAUCUUGAUGCAAACAAAAUUCUUGCAAAUAAAUUUCUACCAGGAAAAGCUUACUUACAAAAAAAUUUAAAAAUAAAGCGAGAAAUUGCUUGGGGAGAGGAACAUCUAAGAUAGGUUCCUUCUUUUUGGCUGUAACUUCUAUAGCUCUUUAGCUCUCACAAUUAAACCCUUUUCUAUUUCAUAAACUUGCAGAUCUCCAGGAGAAUGACCAAGUGGCCCUGGGAGGUGAACAGUGUGUUUCCCAUGUACCAUCCUCCACUUCCAGGUUCUGCUAUUUAAUACACACUCGUUUCCAUACUUGACAGUGUCAUACUGCUGUUGCUUUGCAAAAGGGAAAGGAACCUUAAGUGGUCCUUAAAUUCACUGUUUUCCUCCCAGAGGAGGAUCACUGCACAUCUUCAGCCUUUAAAGCAAGAGUAACUUUCACUGAGGAAGCAGUGGGGCUGAUUUUCAGACAGUGGUGCAUCAGAGUCUCAGCCCAGGGCUGCCUCAAAGUGAGCCCACUGUGGUUAUCAGUUGGUAUUGUUCAAAUGAAGAAGACAGUUUUCGCUGCAACUAAGUGUGUGUCCAUUUCCUGAA